GAAUCAGGCCUUAAUACUAUUAAUGUUCAGUUCUGAGUGCUCUAACAGCUCGCAAACUACUCUAUUAAGCCACAGCCCCCAGCAUCCCAGUCUCAGGGAGUGUCUAUUGUGGAUUCGACCCUACAGCUCAUUCAUUGCAUUUGGGCAACUUGGUGUCUAUCCUGAAUUUGGCACGUCUAGCCUAAUUAGGCUUCAAACCCAUAGCAAUAGUAGGAGGAGCCACUGUGUAAUUGGGUGACCC